GUGCCUCUUCAACGGAAGUGCUGUCGUCAAGAGACAAACGGUGUCCAAUGUAAACAUCCUCAUCAUCUGGCGAUGUGAUGUAGUUGCUGCAGCCGUGCAUGUCGCUGUGUUUUUGUCAGUAUAGACUGGUGGUGACAUGACAACACGAACUGAAAAACGCAAUGGAUAAACCAAAAGCAUUUGAGUUAGACUUUGGCGAGCCCGAGCGAAAACUGAGACCACCACCACAACGACUUACACGAGUAAACGUCAAACCCUCGCUUACACGUGAACAAAUAGAAGAAAAACAGACUCAAGCUGAACUUAGAAGAAAGCAACAAGAGCAGUUCAUGAUAGAGCGUGUGCGCAAGACACGCGAGGAAUGCAUAAAACUUGACAAGAAAGUUCAGAAACUGAUGGACCAAGAUGCCAAACGGCGGGGUUUACCUGGGUCAGAAGGUGUGAAAAUCAUGUCAAGCAGAGAAGCGAAGAAAACCGCAAUAUCAGUGGUUGAAGAGUUUGCCAAUAUAUCCAGCAAAAUCUCAUCAAGAACGGACACUGUUGACAAGCCUACGUGAGCUUUUAGAAGUCAGGAUGCACAAGAAUCCGUCUUUUUAAGGCAUGUGGAAGGGACAUUGGGAAACAGCUGUUAAUUUGUCCCCAAACUGGGAGCUUUACUAAAGUCCUUUUUUUCUUUUGCAGAUAUUUUAGCAUUGUAUUCAUUAUAACAAUGUAAACAUAAGUAUUUAUACCGUCAAUAAUAAAUAAGCCACCUUUGUAAAACUAAAUUUUUAUUUCGUCUAUUGAGAAUUUGAGAUUGCCUUAAUAAAUCCUUGCAAUUGUCUUCGAUACUUGCGCUUUGUACCAAGUCCAAAUCUGUGAUAUAUUUCUCGUCAUUUUCAUUCCAUGUUUUUUAUGUGAUCUUUGUCAAUAAACCCACAUAAAUAUAA